AAUCAGUUCUUAUUGAAGAACAAAAAAAAUGUUCUAAAUCCACUGUUACAAUAUUUUCAUUUUAAAAAUGCCUUGGAACAGCCUCAUAGUUGUGCAGAUAAAGAUGGCCUAAUAGUGUAUGCUAAGAUGUAAAGUUUGUAAACUCAAUCAUUCAUAAUAUUUUGAAAAUUCUCAGAAAAAAUUGAUUCAUCUCUUUACGUAUGAUAAACAUGAUUGCUGAGAAAAGGAAUUGAGGGAGUCACUAAUUUACUGAUUACAAUCCUCACCGAUUAAGCAAAAAUGGGAAACGCUCUAGGCAAAGCAUCAACGGACAUCGGAGGUUUUAUCGGCAACAUUUUCACAGCACCGCUCAAAGCCACACUUGGAAGAUCCUGUUUAGAUGUAUGUUCGGGACCAUGGGAUCUUGCAUGUUUCAUAGAACAUUUCUGUCUUACUGAUAUCGCCAAACUGGUGCUUAUGUCAGCCCUCUGUUUCAUAAUUUUGAUGUUCAUCACCCUCUUGUUCAAACUUGGAAUCUGCCAGUGUGUUGUUAAAAGCAUCUGCAAAAUGUCAUGCGCCGCUUGUGCAGCGUACUGGUUCGCCAUUGGAGAGAUGAUUAGUUGCUUGUGGCACAGUUUGACUAACGUAAAGCGGGUCCGUCGUAAUAGAAAACGACUCGGUGAUAUAGAAGCUGCCACCUACGAUUACUCUAGUGAUGACGAAUCGAGUUCAUCAGUCAGUCCCAGUCGAAGAAAGAACAUUAGACCAAAGCCGAGAAGAAGAAACAGACUAGGAGGAAGCAAACACAACCAUCGCCAUCUUGGCAGCAAUGGCAACAACCACCGCCUCAUAAGGCUACCGAGUAGACAGAUGUCUGUACGAGUUGGAGGCAAAUCAAGAAGAAUAAGAAGUGCCAGAACGAGAAAAUCUAGGAGAGAUAAAAUACUCAAAGUCUAAAGAUGUGGUUGAUUAAAAUGUCUCUAUAGUUCCUUAAAAGAGUCUCUAAACUCAAAAACAGAAUUAUCUCAUUUAUUCAGAUGAAAAUGAAACACAAAACCAUUAAUCCA